UCCAAUCGUUUGUACGCGCUCUCAAAUCUCUCAGAUGCGGUUUCUAUUGAAAUCGGGAUGGAAUAAACGACCAUGGUUAAAUAUUGCAUAUCUGUCUAAGGGGUUUAAACAGUAUGAAGUGAGUCCUCCGGAGACCUACCACAGCCAUUCUUAAGAUACUCGCUGAAGGAAAACCCCCGUUUAUGAAUGGGAUAUUUCAUUCUAUCAUCCGUGGUAUAAAUCCUUAGAACUGUACAUGUUACCGACAGGAAGAUAAUGAAAGUUACUGUUUGGUAGAGAUAACAGAAGAGGCGUGAAUAUCAUCAUGUUGGGCCUUUUUCUUCUGUUUGAAUUGCUGAGACUGACCAUUGCAGAGGAAACAUUUUGUUGGAAAGUUGCUGAUAAUGCGGAGAGUGUCACUUGCAAAGGGGAGAAUAUUACGGAAAUUCCUAACAACUUAUCAGUCAACAUCACGAAACUACACUUAAGCAACACAAGGAUUGGAUUCAUUCCGGCACGAGCAUUUGAAAGAUACAAGAAAAUCCGAGAACUACAUAUACGGAACUUCACUGAGUUGGAGACGAUUGCACCAGGCGCUUUCAAGGGAAUGUCGGAGUUGAGAAUAUUGUGGAUAAUCGACUGUGAAAAAUUACACAGAAUUAACAAAGGCGUCCUUGGGGGUUUCAAAGAAUUAAACACGCUUAAAAUAAUGAAAAGCGGUUUGCAGGAAGUUCCUGACUUUUCCAGAUUCAACACAAGUUCCAAAGAUUCCAACGGAACAAUGUAUGAGAUAGAUCUAUCAACCAACAGAAUAAAGUCUAUACCAACACGCAGCUUUUCCAAAGUCAAGUCGUAUGUUCUUCGACUUGAAAACAACGAGCUCGAAACAGUCGAGGACAGUGCUUUUUCUGGAGCUCAGAUCGCAAAACUGGAGUUUAGAAACAAUCCGCACUUGUCCCACAUGGGGGAGAGGGCGUUCGUUGGCAUCAGAGACCUGAUCUCACUAAACCUUUCCAAAACGAGUAUUACCAACUUGCCGACGGAGGGCUUAGAGAACAUUGAGGAGAUUAACGUGGAGGAUACGCCCACACUAAAGACGUUUCCUCCAGUCUUAACCUUUUCCAGUAUGAAGGUGGCGAGACUGUACUACGCCCAUCACUGCUGUGCCUUCCAGCAUCCAGAAAAGCAGGACCCGGAGCUUUGGAGGAGAGUAAAGGAGUUCCAGGAGAAACUCAAGAAGGAGUGUUCCAUGACACCUUCCUCCACUCCAGCUUGGCCAUCCAGUUCCUCGUCUUCUCAGAUCCCGCGUGAUCUUGGUGCAGAGAAGAGAAGCAAAAGAUUCGCGACAAAUGAUGGCUUCUGGGGCAGUAUAGAGGAUCUCAGUGAUGAUACACCCGACAAUGACGGUUUCGGGUCUUUUGGUUUAGAAGACCCUUUCGGGAAGAUUUUACCUGAAGGUUCAACGGUGGCGUCAAGAACUACGAAGAAAAACGUGUUUUUGAAAUUAGGAUAUUAUGUAAAUGUGACUCUCCCAGAAAAUGAAACUAUUCUCAAAGAGGUCCAGUGCGGGAAUGUGUCCAUCAAUUACAGAAAGGUUUUAUGUACUCCCCAGCCUAAUGCCCUGAACCCGUGCGAAGAUGUCAUGGGAUAUGAAUGGUUGCGUGUGUUUGUAUGGUUUGUUCUCUUGGCAACGCUGUGUGGGAACGUCAUAGUGAUAAUUGUGAUAAUUAAUGGUAGGAGCAAGAUGACUGUCCCGAAGUUCCUCAUGUGUAAUUUAUCAUUUGCUGACUUCAUCAUGGGGCUCUACCUGCUCCUUCUUGCCUCAAUAGACGCGCACUCUUUGGGUGAAUACUUCAACCACGCGGUUUACUGGCAGAACGACGGAGGGUGUCAAGUGGCAGGAUUCCUUACCGUGUUUUCAAGCGAGUUGUCGGUGUUCGUCCUAAUGGUGAUCACUAUGGAGAGAUGGUACGCCAUCAGCUAUGCCAUCCACCUCACGAAGAGACUACGACUGAGACAGGCGUCCUGCCUGAUGGUGUGCGGGUGGAUGUACGCUGUGAUCAUGGCUUCGCUCCCCCUCCUAGGAGUCAGCAGCUACGGGACCGUCAGCAUUUGCCUUCCAAUGCAGGUGGAAGGAGUACUGGACAAGAGCUACAUCUUCUCCAUCUUGCUCCUAAAUGGAACGGCCUUUAUUGUUAUUUGUGGGUGUUACGUUAGCAUGUACUUCAAGGUUAAAGACAGUGACUCGGCAGCACGAAGUAAUGAUGCUACAAUUGCCAAGAGGAUGUCUCUACUUGUGUUCACAAAUUUUGCUUGUUGGGCACCAAUAGCCUUCUUUGGAUUAACUGCGGGGGCAGGAUUCCCCCUGAUCGACAUUACUAAAUCAAAAAUAUUACUAGUGUUCUUUUACCCUCUUAAUUCUUGUGCUAAUCCGUUUUUGUAUGUAAUAUUAACCAAACAAUUCAGAAAGGAUGUGUUCAUUCUGUUGGGCAGAUACGGCAUAUGCACUGAACGUGCUAACCAAUACAAAGGUACUUAUAUGAGCAGAUCCAUGUCUCAGUCGAAGAACAACGGUCUCGUCCUUCAUAACGUCCAACAUCCAUCCAGCAUGUCAAUGUUAUCUCAUCUAACGCAGAGUCACAAGGGGUCGAAGAUGUCUCUGAAUGGAAGUACGCCCAAAGCCACGCCUCAGAGUACCCCUGCUACAACACCCGUGAUUACACCGAAGGUGUCACCUAUCUCGUCUGGUGGGGCAAGUCCAAAUACCUACAGUUCUCCAGUGUUACUGUCGCCAGGAGAUAAGCCUAAAGAGAGGAAGCUCAGCACUGUUCCUGAGACAUCUCAAAUUCUUGACGAUUUUGAUGGUCAGGAUUUCAACACAGAGGUCCCAGAGGUGUAUACUGAAUUCGUUGAUGAUGAUGACAACGAUCAAGGCGAAAAGCGUGUCAGAAGCGCUAGUGAAUAUGUAAUUCUUUAUCCGGCCAAUCAACGAGACGCCAGACGUCGUAGUGGUAGAUUGUCAUGUGACAAACAGUCAAGCCUGGACACAAACCUGAGUAGUAAUACAGAGACAUCUUUCCUGAGUGAUUCGUCUUACGCCCGACAAGAUAGUACCGACGGAGAAGCUGUCAAACUGUACUGUAGUGAAAAACGACCUUCAAGCUUAGAGGAUAAAAACAAAAUAAUCUGGCACAAAGUCGAAGCUGAUCAGAAUUCUCUUUACAAAAGACAAAAUUCGGAAAACUGUCGGCGGAGCAAUAAGCUAGAACACAGUGCCCAUGUAGAGGAGGACGAAUAUGUGAGUGAUGAGGAUCAGACAGAAGCUGACCUAACACAGUCAUUGUUGUGAUCGGUCUCCCGCCCUUCACUGAGCAGCUUGGGUGUUAGAUGUCGUAGAAGUCGUUUACGUCUCACUCAGUAACGGCAUGGUUAAAUGCUCUAGUCAAGUGAUGUGGGUUUCAGAUUUAUGUUGCAGUUAUUUCUUUGGUCAGGUACCAAAGGCGAAUUCAGUUGUCCUUAACUCAAAAUGUGGUACAGUGUUAACGUUUUCGCGAUUUGUUUUCGGUCAGGUCCCUGUGGCAGACUGUUUAUCGGGCCCACCUUAUUAAACCUUAUCAUUCAUCGGAUUUUGCGAGCAAGCGUUAACAUGCAUGUACGAAGCAUUAAUUAGAAGUUGUCACCUUCUGGUUAUGUUCUCGACCAUGUAAUUGUAGUGCUUGGAACUCCUCUACCCCUACACAGGUGAACAGGCUUUUAUACCUAAUAUGAGUACUGUAAUUUAAAAACACAGUAAUAUAUAUAAUAUUUUUAUGUGAAUAUUAUCAUAAAGAAUUCAUUUUCUGUAGAUCACAUGUCAAUUAAAAAGCAUCACGUUAUAAUAACCUUGUUGGUGCCCAAAUCCUACUGCUUUUAAACCACAGCCUCUUUUAAUCCUCAAUCGUCGUCAUUGUCCGUUGUCUGCAAUAUCGGCUUCUCCUCAACUGCUAGGUAUGGGAACUUUAACUUGACAUUGACGUUACUACCAGGGUUCCCAAAUUGAAUUGUGCCAUCCAAUUUUAUGCUUGUUAUACUAAUGUGGUACGAUCGAUUUCCAUAACGUAAUUUUACGAUUGUAAGAUUUCACGACUAUUUCAAAGAAAAAUUGCUUAGACGUAAAACGGAUGUCAAAUAAUGCACUUAUACAGCAAACACGUGGGAUAGAUGAUACAGUCGUUAACUAAGCUAGGACACUAUUAAUAUGAUUACCUGUUUUCACAAGGAGCAUCCGCGGAGGCCAUUGUAAAGGUCCUGGGAUCUGGUUUAUAGAAAUAGAAGCUCUCAGUAGCAACAAGUUAUCAUGAGAAACAGAUGCAUCCACCCGUACUGACGCUGAUAGUCAAGGGUAGAUAUAUACAGAGGAGGGAUAGCCUUUUUUUAUUGACUGUACUAGUCUCAACAUUUAGGGCUUUAUUGUCAAACAUUGUUUACAGCUACAUUUGGUUGGUUUAUGGAAUUGUGAAUAGUAGCAUAACACCCUAUUUGGUGUUAUUUAGAUACCUCAGCUUUGAUCACAUUCACAAAUAUACAUGGAUGCUCUUAGAUGUGAUAUAUUAAUUUCUAAAAUACCACAUUUUUUCAUCUUUUGAUUUAAGGAAGUCAUAAUCGUUAUGAAAUUCUGUUUCUAGUUGUCAUCAAACUGAAUUUUCAGCGCCAAUUACAUUUAUAUAUCAGUUGAUGUUCGUUUCAUUUGUAAGUGUGAAACCGCUGAACGAAGUGUAGAUGCAUCAACAUGGCGUGACAAGCGAAAAGCAUAUAUGCGCAUUUGUCUUGAAAUAAUUUAUUGCGAUGGAUUCGCGCGGGGAACAUUGUCGUCUUGUCACAUGCAGAAACAAGAGUAAACGCCACUGAUUCAGUUAUGACAGCAUCGAGUACAGCAUAUACGCGAUGUUCAUAUACUGAACCGCAAAAGAAACAUCACCAUGGAUAGAUAUAUGAGAAACCUUAUUUGUCCAA